AUGCAGCCGGACACCCGCGUGGUGGCGACUGGCGGAGGAUCCGUAUCAGGCAUCACAGACACGGCCAGCGCAAGCCUUUGGAAGCGCCUGCGGACAGCGUGGCAGAGGGAGGAUCCAGAACCCGCACUGCCCUUGGCUGCUCAGGAAGCGGGUGAUGCUGCUGAGUCUGUGGUUACAGAUGUUGCCAGGCAUUGGGCUGUGCCGCAGGGGAUGGGUCAACGCUUCGUGCUGAGAAAUGUUCGCGUGCCAAAUGGUGAGCGCCAGAGACGGCGAGAGGUGGACGUAGUAAUCCUGAGCCGUCGGGGAGUUGUGUGCCUUGAGGUGAAAAAUUGGUCAGGGCGCGUGCGGUGCGGCAAGCACAAGUGGUUUCAGCAUCAUGGCAAGCAUGUAAGACAAGCCCGCAACAGCAGCAGCACCAGCAAUGGUUCUCCUGGAGUUCCACUCCUGCAGCUGCAGGGAGGGGUCGACCGCCCAGUCACGGCAGGCUUUGGCAGUGAUGUGGGGAGCCUGGCGGGCAGGCCAAAUGCAGACUACAUCUCCUACAACAACCCAGUGGCGGACAUCCAUGAACGGGCCCAGACGCUUCGUGGAUUCUUGCUGCGAUCUCUGGAGCCUAAGGUUGCACAGAUAUUUGACAUUGAUUGGUCGGUUCAGGGCCGGGUGGUGAUGCUUGGAUCCGCCGAGAUGGAGGCAGAGGAUGAUGCCGUGUCUGACCUUUCUUCCGUGGUGCGCCGGGAGGGGGUCACGGCCUUUCUGUGCUCUUUGAACCGCAAGCGGACGUUUUGCCGCAUGCUGGCAGAGAGCAGCGGCUGCAGAAGGCGGUCGGUGCUGCAGGCUGAGGAGCUCGAGGCCGCGUGCCGAGCUGUCUCGUGCCUUGGAACGUGGGAUGUGGUGACCCUGAUGGGUGGACGGAAGCUGAAGGGCGAUCUUCGACUGGUUGGGAUGUUUGGACAGGUGAUGCAGGCUGCAGGAGGCAAAAGCCGAGUUCAACAAGCAGUGUUCUCACAUCCUCGGCGCCGUGCCGGGCGGCUUUGGCAAGUCCUUUGGCAUGGAGCGGAGCACUGCAACAUCCACUUGGAGCCAAGAUCUGGCUGGCAGGGCAGCAAGGUUCGCGUACCCAGGCAUGCAAGCAUCGUCUUCCGUGAGGCUGGGCGGCCACAAGAUACAAGCCUUGAUGCCGAGCAGGUGAGUGCCAUUGCAUUCAGUGCAAAGUAA